CUGAAGUUUGGACUUUGUUUUACGUUAUCAUUAAUUUAUUUUACUUCAGUCUAGUGCACUCACUCCAGAAAAUAGAAAUCUAAGCUCCCCUUCUUUAAGUUAUUCUACUACGUCUAAAAAUAAAGUAUUGAGAUCUAGAUGCCGGUGAAUUAAUACUUUAAAUAAUAUAUUUUAUAUAAUAAUUUAUCAUGUUGAUAGGACGGCUAGCUCAGUUUACAUUUCGGAGAACAAUACACGUUUCGUCUAAAUUAACACAAAGCAUGAGCAUCGACGGCAACAAUAUAUUGGCAGAGAGCUUGAAGAGACAGGGUGUGGAAUAUGUAUUCGGCAUUGUGGGCAUUCCGGUUAUUGAAACAGCCAUUGCAUUCCAAAGUGUUGGCCUAAAAUUUAUUGGAAUGCGCAAUGAGCAAGCAGCAUGUUAUGCUGCACAAGCUAUUGGAUAUCUAACCGGUAAGCCUGGAGUAUGUCUCGCGGUGUCAGGCCCAGGUCUUUUGCAUUGCAUUGGAGGCAUGGCAAAUGCACAAGUCAACUGCUGGCCCCUCCUAGUCAUCGCAGGCUCCUGUCCUGAAGAUCAUGAGGGUAUUGGAGGCUUCCAAGAGUGGCCACAGGUGGACUCGAGCCGCUUGUAUUGCAAGUACGCGGCGCGGCCACCGUCAGCGCGGCUGAUUCCAUUACACGUGGAGCGCGCCGUGCGGCUCGCCGCGGCCGGCAGGCCCGGGGUCUCCUACCUCGACAUGCCUGGCACUCUGCUCAUGAGUCAAGUAGAUGAUGACAAGGUGCCAUUAGACUUCUACAACGCUGAGCCAGUGAAAUUGGGACACCCUGACCCCGAACUGGUCUCGCAGGCGGCUGAACUAUUAUCCCGCGCUGAACGCCCCCUAGUCAUAGUGGGGAAAGGAGCAGCGCAUGCACGGGCUGAGAACGAAAUUACCAAACUUAUUGAGAACACCAAACUGCCGUUCCUGCCAACUCCUAUGGGUAAGGGCGUUGUCCCCGAUGAGUCCCAAUACUGCGUGUCUUCAGCUCGAACGCAAGUUCUGCUCAAAGCUGACGUCAUUUUACUGUUAGGCGCCCGAUUAAAUUGGAUGCUACACUUUGGACAGCCGCCACGGUAUGCACCUGACGUAAAAGUCAUACAGGUGGAUAUAUCACCAGAAGAGUUUCACAAUAGUAUCAAAUCCGAGGUAGCAGUACAUUCGGACAUUAAACCAUUUGCUGCGGCACUGGUAAAGAAAUUAGAAGAGAAGAAAUUCUCACUACAGACAACAAGCAAUAAUUGGUGGCAAACAUUGCAACAGAAACAAAAAGUUAAUGCUGAAUUUUUUGAGGCUCAAGCAAACAACACAUCCGUACCAUUGAAUUACUACGCAGUAUUUAAGACUGUACAAGCAAACAUUCCAAAGGAUUCAAUUAUCGUGAGCGAAGGCGCCAACACAAUGGAUAUUGGACGCGGAAUUCUCCUCAACAACAAACCUAGGCACAGACUCGACGCCGGCACAUUUGGCACUAUGGGAGUUGGACCAGGUUUUGCGAUAGCAGCAGCCUUGUGGUGUCGGGACUACGAACCCAACAAACGAGUCAUAUGCGUUGAGGGAGACUCCGCUUUUGGUUUUUCUGGUAUGGAAAUUGAAACCAUGUACCGUUAUAAAUUGCCUGUGGUCAUAAUAAUUGUGAACAAUAACGGUAUCUAUGGCGGGUUCGACAAAGAAACCAUGCAAGAACUUCAAUCUGGUGGCGAUUUAACUCAGUGUAUACCGCCAACUUCACUUGGCACCGAAGUACGAUAUGAGAAGAUGAUGGAAAUAUUUGGUGAGAAUGGCCAUUUCUGUCGUACGGUCGAAGAAAUUGCCGUCGCUGUGAAGAAAGCUCUUGCAGUCACGGAUAAACCAAGUAUAAUAAAUAUUGCAAUAAGCCCUCAGUCUAAUAGGAAACCGCAGGCCUUUAACUGGCUUACAGAAUCAAAAUUGUAAAUAUUGUAAUGUAGAAAAAAUAUUUUAUAGAGAGGGGUUUAAUGUAGUUGCUAAAUGUCACUGUCGCUUUUAAUAAUUAACCUACAAAUGAGGGUUUCAAUUAUGGGUGCUAAAACUUCUGAAUCAUAAAUAUAUAUUGUACAUAAAAAUAACUAUUUCUUUUUAAUUUCACUUGUACAUAAUUAUUUUAUAUGUUAUGUUAUAAAUAAUUGAAAUUAAAGCUUUAAAGUAUUUUUUACAUAAUAUUUACACAAUAAAUAUACUAUUUAUUGACUUGAUAUGUUAUAUCAAAGCAUUCUCUGUAGAAACUGGUAUUUAUCAGAAUAUAUGGUAAGGUAAUUGUAGUGUAUGUAAUCAAGAAAAAUUAAAUCCAAUAAAUAUUGCCAAUAAAUACUGUACUACACACAUACCCACAAAUUUAUAUACACAAUUUAU